CUUACCCUGUGUUCCUGCUUACCGCGUUGAGCCAAUCAACUGCUGGAGUGCGGUGUCUAGUUACACUUCCAGCCGGGCCCAAGCCAGAGAAGAACAACGCUUGAUGUAACACUGGUUACAAUCUAACAAUCUUACAACCUCGAAGCACAUAGACACGCCUAUCUAAUGCGAAUAAAAUAGAACCACAAUUUGCAACCUUUCGGAUAAAGGUGGCUUCGGUGUAUAUUUUAAUUCGGACAAGGAUCGUUUUGACUGUUUGUGGGAUACGGUUAUGGGGGUGAGUUUCGAUCUUCUGAAAGAAACCUGUUGCUGAUUUCACAACCCCGCGCUCUCCCUUUUUAAGAAGUGAUGCUGUGUCUCAUCCCUCUGCGCAGCCACUGCCAUUGUAGCAGAAAGUACAGCCGUUUUUAGUUUGAUUGUGGAUUAUAUAAACACUUGAAAAUAAGGGAAGAUGCACGUGUCUCUGGCGGAGGCCUUGGAGGUGCGGGGAGAGCCCCUGCAGGAAGAUGAGAUCUGGGCCAUCCUGAGUCAGAGUGCAGAGAGCCUCCAGGAGCUCCUCCGCAAAGCUGACCUUGCUGCUCUGGGUUUCAUCAUCUCCCCCUGGUCUCUGCUGCUGCUCCCGUCUGGUAACGUCUCCUUUACUGACGAGAACGUUGCACACCAGGACAUCCAAGCUUUCACAGCACCCGAAAUUCUCCAGGGACAGUCCUUGUCUUCACUAUCUGAUAUAGAAAAGAUUCACAUUUACUCCCUUGGGAUGACUUUGUUUUGGGGAGCUGACUAUGAAGUUCCUCAGAGCCAGCCAAUGAAGCUUGGGGAGCAUCUCAACAGCAUGUUGCUGAACAUGUGUGAGGAUACUGUGUACACCAGAGUGUCUGUACGGACAGUUCUGGAUGCCUGCAGUGCUCAUAUCAGGAACACCAAUUGUGAGCCCUCGUUCUGCUAUGUGAGAAAGCUGGUCAGACUGGUGUUGGGCAGCCUCACUGGGCUGGAUGGCCUGUUAUCAAGCGGUGACAAGGAGGCCCUGCCAGACCGGAGCAGAGAGAUUCGAGAGCGUUUGAGAGGGAAAGGGCUGCCCUCAGGAAGAAGCACAACCCCGAACGCAAUGGAGAAGUACAAAGCUCGGUUUCACGAGCAGGCCUCCCUGAACCGAGGUCUCAGUAAGUCCAUGGGGUUCCUGGCUAUCGGCAACAAACUGAGGGAGGAGGAAGACUGUCCUCCUUGCACAUCCUCCGAUUAUAAUUCCGGGCACGAGGACAUGGUGGACGAGAGUCACCAGCAGGGAGGUAAACUGGACAGGAUGGACAAGAGGCCACUUUACCACAAUGGGGAUUAUGGAUACAGUAAAAAACACUGGGCCUCCUCCAUGGACUUGGAUUACCCUGACCCAGCGGUCGUCAGACAUGCCGGGAUGGAUGAGAGAGUCACAGUUAGGCCCAAGUCUGCCUCCAGAGCCAAGGAGGCCAGGCAUUCAGAUUAUGGAGGGGUUACUGGCACCCUGGGCGCUCGGAAAGCCCAUCACCUGUCAGAACUGUCAGUCUGCUCCGCUUUGUCAAACGCCUAUGACAGGAUUAAAGACCGGCAAAAAAAGCUACACAUGCUUAGAGAAGCCAUGGAUGUCGAUGAUCCUCUAAAAGUUCAUCGACGGUACCAUAGUGAUGCAUACAGCACUUCCAGUGAAAGCCCAUCUGUAAUUUCUUCUGACCCAGAUUACAGACAAGUGAGGAGACUUGAAGAUAAUCGAAGGUAUAGCUCUCAGGCAGUCCUUGCUGAUCAUGAUGUCGUAUCCCUGGCGAGUCAUGUAUCUCUCAGACACAGGCAGUAUGAACUUCCCUCUGAAGAGAACCUGGUGAGUCAGGAGAUGAUGCUGAAGCGGCAGGAGCAGGAGAUGCAGAGGCUGCAGGCUCAGAUGGCUCACAGACGGUUCAAACUCAGCCUGUACCCAGGAGACCUGCCCAGGGCGUCCAUGUUGGACGUCACCAGAGACCCACUGCGUGACAUUGCGCUGGAGACCACACUAACUCAGAGGAAGCUGAAGAAUUUCUUUGGUCCUGAAUUUGUGAAAAUGACCAGCGAGCCACCUGUUACAUUGGAUGUCCCCACUUCAAUUCUGACUAAGAAAGGAAAGGGGGAAGAUCUUCGACGGAAAGUGAAUAUUCUGCUGUUGAGUGGACAGAGGCUGGAGCUAACAUGUGACACCAAGUCUACCUGCAAAGAUGUGUUUGACAUGGUUGUUGCCCAGAUUGGUCUGGUGGAGCAUCAUUUGUUUGGCUUAGCAUAUCUGAAAGAAAAUGAGUUUUUCUUUGCUGAUCCGGAUCUAAAGCUUUCUAAAGUGGCACCAGAGGGUUGGAAAGAUGAUCCCAAAAAAAAGAAAACGGUCGUCAACUUUAACCUUUUCUUCCGCAUUAAGUUUUUUGUUGAUGAUGUCAACCUGAUACAGCACACACUCACUAAACACCAGUACUACUUGCAGCUGCGCAGGGAUAUCUUGGAAGAGAGGAUGCGAUGUGAUGAGGAGACCACAUUACUGCUGGCGUCACUAGCACUGCAGGCAGAGUUUGGCGAUUACCAGCCAGAGGUUCAUGGGAAAGCCUACUUCAGACUUGAGCAUUAUUUAGCCACCACAGUUCUUGAGAAGGUGGACCAGUCUUUCAUCAAGGAAGAGCUUCCAAAACUGCACAGCACCUACUUUGGAGCUUCAGAGAAGGAAACCGAAUUUGAGUUUCUGAAGGUGUGCCAAAAACUGCCAGAGUAUGGGGUUCACUUUCACCGGGUGCUGCCAGAGAAGAAAUCUCAGACGGGGAUAAUGCUAGGGGUCUGCUCCAAAGGUGUCCUUAUCUUUGAAAUGCACAAUGGAGCUCGCACUCCAGUCCUCCGGUUUCCCUGGAGGGAAACAAAGAAGAUCUCUUUCACUAAAAAGAAGAUCAGCCUGCAGAACACCUCCGAUGAGAUAAAGCACUUGUUCCAGACAGACAGCAGCAAGACCUGCCAGUACCUCCUCCACCUCAGCUCUGCUCAGCACAAGUUCUACCUGCAGAUGAAAACCAGGCAGAGCAACCAGGAGCUGCAGGACAUCGAAAGUUCACCACUGAGCCACCUGAAUGAUCACAGCGGCUCAGCUGGAGUAUUGCCCAUGGGACGAGCUGUGAGUACAGUUAGCCUGGCAACAAGCAAUAUCAGCAGGCCUUUCGACCAGCUGCAUCAAACACAAGCAGAGAACCUCAAGAGAACGUACUGCUCCGAACUUUCACUGAACAAGCUGCUGCCAGGGAGGCCACAGUCAACAGUGGAGCCCACCAACCCUCGAGUGAUGAUGAGCAAGUCCUACCACAACCUUUGUCAGGUGCCCGAGUCUCCCGAGGGACGGGCCCCCCCCUACAAUAGCCAGUCGCAGAGUAGCCUGAACAGAAUUCAUCUAGCAGCCAGCAUGGAGGGGGUCAGGACACUGCCUUCCCAUCACAGGGCACGCUCUGAUACUGAGUCCAUCACUGUGGCAGGAAAGCCCAAUAAUGUUUUCAGUUCCAAAAGCUUGGCAGACUCGAGACGGAGCCCCAGCAAACGACAGCUGGGGUGUGACUCAUCCUCCUUUGAAGACACAGGACAGGCUUAUGUCAUAGGAGUAAGCAUGCACAGCUCGGGCAUGCCCUCAACUCCUGGUCCAUUAAAUGCCAAUGAAACCCUGAAACAGAAACUCAAUGCCUUGCCUUCUGCUGAAAGGGAGAUUACACGGGUAAAUCUGAAGAAGGAUGUGAAAUACGGCCUGGGGUUUCAGAUAGUUGGUGGAGAGAACACUGGCAGAAUGGACCUGGGCACCCUCAUCAGUUCAAUUACCCCGGGCGGCCCAGCUGACCUGGAUGGACACUUGAAACCAGGAGACCGCUUGUUAUCAGUAAAUAACGUGAGCCUGGAGGGCGUUGCCCAUGAUGCAGCCGUGGAGAUGCUGCAGAAUGCCCCAGAUGAUGUCACACUGGUUGUCUCUCAACCAAAGGAGAGGCUUUAUCAAGAACCUUCUUCAGCCACAUCACAUCAUAAGACCAGGGGUCACGCAAGGUCACCUGGCAAAAGACAGGAACACGAAGAGGAAUCUUCAUCGGAAGAACACACCAGGCUCCAGGGCCACCAAAGAGCUACAUCUGGUGCAUCUUCUGCUGUGUCUUUGAGCAGGAGGAAAGGCAGCGUAAGCUCACAGGAUUCUAGAACUGAAAGUGCAAGCCUUUCCCAAAGCCAUAGCAAUGGUUUCAAUAGGAACCAGGUUGCUGAUGGAUCUAUGCCACCACCUCCGCCUUACCAUUCUGAAAGAACAGUUCCAGCAGAAAUGUUGCUACCAAGUGGAAGCAAAAGCAGAAAAGUAAGAAGUCCUGAAAGCAGCAAAGAUCUAGAUUAUUCAGAUAGAGGGGACUCGGACAUGGAUGAGGACACAUACUCAAGUAGUCAGGAGCAGCCAGUGUUAAAGGAGAUCUCUCCAGCCAGCACCAUAGGAAAAAUAAGUGGCAAUGCCCACCCUGUUCAUGAUCUUAAACCAGGAGAUCUAUUUGAAGUAGAAUUGUCCAAAAAGGACAACAGCCUGGGCAUAAGUGUCACGGUACUGUUCGGCAAGGGUGGGGUGAAUACAACCGUAAGACACGGUGGGAUUUAUGUGAAGGCUAUAAUUCCUAAAGGAGCAGCUGAACUUGAUGCGAGAAUUAAGAAGGGCGACAGAGUGCUAUCAGUUGAUGGAAAACGUCUGGAUGGUGCAACUCACAAGCAAGCAGUGGAGACUUUGAGAGAAACAGGCCAGGUGGUUCGCUUGCUGUUGGAAAAAGGCCAGCUUCCUGCCACCAGCGUACAUGCUCCGGUGACCCCACAGUGCACCCCUCCUUGCAAGACGGAUGGGCAGGCUGAACCAGGGGUGAAAAAGGAAAACGUUACAAUGGCCAAAGAUUACAGCUUUGUUACUGAGGAUAAUGUGUUUGAGGUAAAGCUGUUGAAAAACACCUCAGGUUUGGGGUUCAGUUUUUGUAGAGAGGAGAACCUACCGCAGGAGCCAGUAAACCCUAGCGUGGUGAGGGUGAAGAAGCUGUUUCCAGGGCAACCAGCUGCAGAGAGUGGCCGGAUUGAAGUGGGUGACGUCAUCCUGCGUGUCAACAACACAGCCUUGAAGGGCUUAUCACAGCAUGAAGUCAUAUCAGCUCUCAGGGGGACUUGCCAGGAGGUUACUCUACUUCUGUGCAGACCUAAACCCGGAAUCCUACCAAACAUUGACCCUUCAUUAUUGACUCCUCUAGCCUCCCCCAGAAAAGGUCCUCAAGGCAAGUCCGACUCAAGCCUCAGCAGGGAUGUCCUACCACAGGCAGACCUCAGUGACAGCUCGGCUGAGGAGGAGGAAGAUGAGGUUGAUAAUGGGGAGUUCCAGAGGCUCCAGCUGAAGUCUCCCUCCAGGCGAGACAGUUACAGUGACAGUACAGACAAUGACGAAGUGGGCAAGGCCUUCAGCCCACCCCAAGAGAAGAGCAGUGAAGCCUGGGAUCCCAGCAUCUACCAGACCCCAGGCAAUGCCCUGGCCUUCCCACGCUCUCGAUAUGAAACCCCAUGCACCCUGGAAGACACAAUGCGCACGGUUUACUACUCCCCACAGCAGUCGCCCAGCAAGCCAGAGUUUAACCACAGCAACCCCCCAUCCCCAGUACCUCCAGAUCAACCAGAGCCUGAGGUUCCCUCUCCCACCCCUCUCGAUGACCACUACAUCAGCUCCAGUUCAGGCUCCCAGAGCCCAGCAUCACUGCCACAUCAGCACAAAGGGGAAGUGACAUCACCCCUUCAGCACCAGUACUUCAACAACGUGGAAGAGAUUGGGGAAUUUGAACCUGAAGUUGAGCUUCAUGUGUCGUUAAUUAAAUCGGAAAAGGGCAGCCUGGGCUUCACCGUGACGAAAGGAAGUGAUGAUAUCAGCUGCUAUAUUCAUGACAUCAUACAGGACCCCGCAAAGAGUGAUGGGAGGCUCAGGCCAGGAGACAGGCUGAUAACGGUUAAUAACACCGAUGUCACCAACAUGAGUCAUACCGAAGCUGUGAAUUUUCUCCGAACUACGUCGAAAGUAGUUGAUUUAGUCUUGGGGCGUGUCCUGGAAAUCCCAAAGCCUCCAAUAGAGCUCCAUAUGCUACCAGAUAUUACACUGCAGUGCCAAGGAGGAGAAGAGCUCGGGUUGAUGCUGGGGGGAGGCAGCGACAGUCCAUAUCAGGUUAUCUAUGUUGCAGAUAUUGUGCCGGGUUCAUUUACUUCAAUGGAAGGAAGCCUGAGACAACUCGACCUCAUUCACUACAUUAAUGGUGUUUCUACUCGGGAGCUGUCUCUCCACGAGUCAGAGAGGCUGCUGGAAUUACCACUUCCCUCCGUUAUCCUGAAAGCCACAAGAGAUGGGCAGCCAGUGAUCCCAGCUGCAAAAAAGUCUUUGUCUUUGAACAAUAAUCUUAGUCCAAAAAUAAAUGGCUCCACUAAUGUGAAUGGAUAUCCUCAUGGAGAGGACAGCAGCGAGUCUGAGGGCGGUAUUAUUCACCUUGAACUCAAUAAACCAGCCACGGGAGGGCUAGGGUUUUCUGUGGUGGGCGGAGAAAAGGGUUUUUUUGUAAAGUCGAUCACUCCAGGAGGUGUAGCUGACACGACAGGAGACUUGCAAGUUGGAGACAGAUUGCUACAGGUGAAUGGUGAAUCAAUGAUUGGGGUCUCCCACACUAAGGCUGUAACAACGAUCCGCAAAGCUAAAGGGCUUGUGCAGCUGUCAGUGUCCAGAGCUCCUCCCCAGAGUGAGAAUCCAUAUCUACUGAUGAACGCUGUCAAAUACAAUUGCAAUCCAGAUGCUGACCUUGAUAUUGACCGUGAUGGUAAUGUAGUGCAGUUCUUACUGAAAGACAUCCAGCAUGGGGCUCAGAAACAUCAGGCACAGAACACAGAGAACACCUCCCCAGAUAUUUUCACUGCAGACUAUGCUUCCCAGCUGCUUGAGGUGAUGAAGAGUGAAGAGGAGGCUCUUCAGUCUGAGGACACGGACUGCGAUGGUUCGUCUUUGCCAGAGGAUUCUCCUGAGACAACAAGAAGGAAUGGCUGUAGAAAAGAAGAUGUUGUUGAGGUCCCAGCCCCAGACAGUUCUGACAAGCCUCCUGAACAGGCGCCCAUGGGGAACCCAGAUGAGGAUGAAAUCACCUGGGGGAGCGAUGAGCUUCCCAUAGAGUCUCUGAAGCAGGACCCAACCGAAGAUGGCCCUCUCAUUACUGAAGAGGAGCUCACCUCACUACCUCUUGUUAGAGUCGUUCCUGAAGGCUGCUUCACAGGCUCCAAGCUGAAGGGUGUCAUUCGAAUGCUGCGGGGCCUCUUGGAUCAGAAAAUUCCCUUGGAAGAGUUUGAGAAUCUUCAGAAUUUGCAGCCGUUAGAUGAGUGUUUAAUUGGGCAGACAAAGGAGAACAGAAAGAAGAACAGAUACAAAAACAUUCUUCCAUAUGAUGCCACUAGAGUCUGUUUAGGAAACCAUGGAGGCUACAUCAAUGCCAGUUUUAUUAAAAUGCCGGUGAAAGAUGAAGAAUUUGUUUAUGUUGCUUGCCAAGGACCCCUCCCUAACACACUGGCAGACUUCUGGCAAAUGGUUUGGGAGCAAAAGUCCAAUGUUAUUGCCAUGAUGACCCAGGAAGUGGAAGGGGGAAAGGUAAAAUGUCAGCGUUACUGGCCGGACACACCCAGGACUGCAGCUAUGGUGGACGACAGGCUUCAGCUAACACUGCUUAAGCACCAGCAUCUGGGCAAUUUUAUUCUACGGCUCAUUGAGGUGAAAGAUGUGCAGACCGGUGAAAUCCAACAUGUAACUCAUCUGAACUUUACUGGCUGGCCAGAUCAUGGAACCCCAUCAGAACCUGAACAAUUACUCACCUUUAUCUCCUACAUGAGGCACAUUCACCAAUCAGGGCCAAUAAUCACUCAUUGCAGCGCAGGGAUUGGACGAUCAGGAACUCUUAUUUGCAUAGAUGUGGUCCUGGGCUUAAUCAGCAAAGAUGUUGAUUUUGACAUUUCGGACGUGGUACGUACAAUGAGACUGCAGCGACAUGGGAUGAUCCAGACGGAGGAGCAGUAUGUUUUCUGCUAUCAAGUUAUAUUAUAUGUGCUCAGAUGCCUUCAAGCUGAAGAGAAAAUCUCAGGAUAGCCAAUAAAGACUUGAAAUUGUGUUUACUAUAUAUAUAUAUAUAUAUAUAUAUAUAUAUAUAUAUAUAUAGUGAUUGAUCUUGGUUUUAAUUGAUACAAUUACUGCAUACAUCUCAUUUAAGUUUGUUUUAUUACUGAUGCUAUUAUUAUCAUCAUCCAUAACACAAUCCAGCAUAAAAACCCUGUUUUCCUAUUUCUGGGUCCUAUUUGUUGGUCCCUCUCUAGCUUUAUAUUUAUUUACAAUCCAGCAUUUGUUGUUUAGUUGUUGUUAAGUUGUUUGAACCAACUGCUAAAUCACAAUGGAGUCAGUUUUUAUUACUCACCUUACUGCUUUUACAAUGAUCAGUGUCCUUUACAGUUUCCUUUAGUCAUAAACUGAUGUUCAUUGCCGUUAAAAAAAUAAAUAAAUAAAUAAAUAAUUUAAAUUCUCUUUUAUUAAUAAUUUGAAAUUGCCUAAAUAAAACAAAACCAUUCACUGAAUAGCAGUUAUAUCCUCCAUAAUUGUAAAUAAUAUUGUUUAAAAUAAAUGUGGUUAUUGAAAUAAAACAAAGCUAUGUUAACGGGUCUGCAGUCGAUAGCUAUCCAACAGCACUGGUUAUAGUGUCGUACUGAGCUUGAUUCAUGGGUUUGCAAUUCAUGGGGAGUCUGAAUUUCUAAAAAAGUACCCUGUUGAAACUGACAGGUUUCAUUUGUUGUAUUGUUGUUUCCUGUAGCAGAACAACUACUAGAAAGUGUAUUUUGAGAAGUGAAAGCUUGUUUAGCACGCAGGUGGUACAGCAGACUAGAUGCACUUCUGUGAUACUGGAACUCACUUUGACAGUAGAUACAAGUAACCCUCUUUCUAUCCAAUGAACCAUCAAAGUUUUUUUAGAAAUAAACUUGCCAUUAACAAAACCUUCAGUGUGAGUGCUUUGCUACAUAAUGCGGUUCUGUGACUCCUUUUAUAUUCAAACGAUGACUACAGUCAUUCAAUCGUGGCAUGCACUCGAGUGUAUUAAAAUGGUACCACAGGAAAUGAAUUACGUUAUCCUAAAGCCUGGGACAGACAGGCGCGGCGUGGCACGCCAGGCAUUUUGCCGCUUGUAUCACUAGCAUUGCUUUCAUAUGGUGUUGAACAGAUAAGUGUGGGACGAUCCCGCUGGUCCCGCGGUGCCGCUGAGCAGUACCGCUCAAAUCGCUUUUGUAGUUAUCCAAAAAUUGAAAAAUGUGACAUUUCAAAAUAUAACAUGAAAUACUGUACUACUAUUAUAGACUUUUGAGAUACAAUUUUGUAGUUUCUUAGAUUGUAUGAUAAAUAAAACAUCGAAAAUAUGUUCAUAUAGUUUUUUUUUUGUUUUUGUUUUAAAUUAUGUCUGCAUCCUAAUAUUCUACUAGGUGAUGCAAAACUUUUGGCCAUAUAUGUAAAUUAUAUAUUCGAGUACUUGGCCUGCGGUGUGGUACUGACAACUACUGUACCGCGUAGUGCAUACCGCUCCUGUGUGUCCAGGUGCAGACUAAAAAACCCAGCUGUGCCGCGCCGCGCCUGUCUGUCUCGGGCUUAAGAGAGACAAGACACAAGUUAACUGUUAUUGACAGCCCUAGAUAGAUAGAUAGAUAGUCGUUGACUUGCUUCUAACAGAUUUUAAAGUUUCUAGAACAAAUUUGAAAGAAAAAAGUCCUUAAAACCUUUACAAAAAAAAUCUGCAGUCCUUAAACUACAUAAGAGUCUUAGCAUGCUGCUACUCGUAAUUAAAAAUGUAGAUUUCAUGCAAGAUGUAACCACAAGUAAAAAUUAUAUCUUCUAAGAAUCUGUGGCAACAUUGAAAAAGACAGAAGAUAAGUGUAAGAUUGUAUUACUAUGGAAUAAAAUGCACAUCAUUAUGUAUAUAAACCUGUUAAUAGAAACGCGUCAAGAUGAAGCUAGCACUGCCUGGAUUGAAGAUGAAAACAACAGUAUUUGCAUUGUAAGUUUAUUAACUGCUUCCUGAGGUGACCAAUGAAAGGAAGAGGUUGUCAUUUAAAGUUACAUGUACAUAUUUAUUGAAAAAAAAAAAAAAAUUGUGUAUAUGUUUUAACAUGUUAUUUACUGAAAAUUUGCAUUGUAAAUAAAAGACUACACUAGUUCAGUACUGCGUACAA